AGCUCUGGCCCGGCGCGGAGUGGGUGCGGUACCGGGACGCUGGGCCGGGGCACCGGGCUGUGUGGAGUGAGCGCGCUCGCCUGACCCUCCCCCUCCUCCUCCUCCUCCCGGGUGCCUCAGCACCCCAAGCCCGAGCCGUGAAACUCCCCGGGCCCCCCAUCCGACAGGCCUCUCCGUCCGGCGGCGGCGACGUCUCGCACCCGGCUCCCUCGCCCGCUCGCGCGCGACCCUCCUUCCGCGCCCCCGCCCUGCCGCCCCUUCUCCACCGCCCAGCCGCGGGCUCCGUCACCGACGCAGUCCCCAAGCAGCCCGAACAAGACCACACAAGGUGAAGAAUAAUCUAAUACCAGCACUUUGAGAAUUUGUUUCUCUGCCACAAACUGAUAUUUAUUUUAUUAUUUUUUUUUUUUUGGUGGAAGAGUUGAAACAAACCUAACUUUUGUGGCAUAGCAGCUAUGCAGCUUGAAAUCCAAGUAGCACUAAAUUUUAUUAUUUCAUACCUGUACAAUAAGCUUCCCAGGAGACGUGUCAACAUUUUCGGUGAAGAACUCGAGAGACUUCUGAAGAAGAAAUAUGAAGGGCACUGGUACCCUGAAAAGCCAUACAGAGGAUCAGGGUUUAGAUGCAUCCAUGUAGGGGAGAAAGUGGACCCUGUGAUUGAACAGGCAUCCAAAGAGAGUGGUUUGGACAUUGAUGAUGUCCGUGGCAAUCUGCCACAGGAUCUCAGCGUCUGGAUCGACCCGUUUGAGGUUUCCUACCAGAUUGGCGAAAAGGGGCCAGUGAAGGUGCUUUAUGUGGAUGAUAAUAAUGAAAACGGAUGCGAGUUGGAUAAGGAGAUCAAAAACAGCUUUAACCCUGAGGCCCAGGUUUUCAUGCCCAUAAGUGAUCCAGCCUCAUCAGUGUCCAGCUCUCCAUCGCCUCCCUUUGGUCACUCUGCUGCUGUCAGCCCUACCUUCAUGCCCCGGUCCACUCAGCCUUUAACCUUUACCACUGCCACUUUUGCUGCCACCAAGUUCGGCUCUACCAAAAUGAAGAACAGUGGCCGGAGCAACAAGGUUGCACGCACUUCUCCAAUCAACCUUGGCCUGAAUGUGAAUGACCUCCUGAAGCAGAAAGCCAUCUCUUCCUCAAUGCACUCUCUGUACGGGCUGGGCCUGGGCAGCCAGCAGCAGCCGCAGCAGCAGCAACAGCCGCAGCCGCAGCCUCCAUCCCAGCCACCACCUCCUCCCCCGCCACCACAGCAGCAGCAGCAGCAGAAAACCUCUGCUCUCUCUCCCAAUGCCAAGGAGUUUAUUUUUCCUAACAUGCAGGGUCAAGGUAGUAGUACCAAUGGAAUGUUCCCAGGUGACAGUCCCCUUAACCUCAGUUCUCUCCAGUACAGUAAUGCCUUUGAUGUGUUUGCGGCCUAUGGAGGCCUCAACGAGAAGUCGUUUGUAGAUGGCUUGAAUUUUAGCUUAAAUAACAUGCAGUAUUCUAACCAGCAAUUCCAGCCUGUUAUGGCUAACUAAAAAAAAAACAAAAAACAAACAAACAAACAAAAAACAAA